UCGGUUAGUACUGAAAUCAAUAAAACAUUCCUUCACUUUCACAAAUAUUAUAAAAAGAGUUUUUUGCUCGAGAAGGAAGUCUGUUAUUGUUUAUAGAUUUGCACAUACACGCAUUAGUAUUAUCGAUUGGUGAAGAGUAUUAUUGUGCCGACAUCUUCAUAACACAAAACAAAAGAGAAAUUAACAUCAGGAUCAUGUACAUAUUACUGUCCAAACUGAGCAGUGAAUACAACAAGCGAACAUCGCUGACGACAUUGUCUUCCUAGCCAUUUUGGACGCGGGUUUUGUGAGGCGCCGGGCAUCGAUCCGUCUUAGUGCGCCAAAUCAAGUGGCCUGUGCAUCAUCGUUGCCAGUUUAUCAUCAAGGGUCAGCUAGAGCCCGUAACAACAUCUUAUCUCAUUUUUAUCAAUGGAAGACUGGACUAUUUUGGAAACUAUAGGAAUGACGCAACUGUAGUUUAUUUUAAAUUACUCUGCUGUCUUACUCGGAGCCACCAAAAUGAGCAGUCGUUCUAGAGAGAAAGUUACAGCAAUGUUCCGAAAACUCUUCAAAUCAUCCAAUAAGGAAGGAGAAGGUCCUAGCAAAGCCAGUGCUUCUGGGUCUGGAUCUCCUGCCCGUCGCUUGUUACGGGGAUGUCGUGAUUCCGUUUCUCCAGCCGCUCCUCAAAGCAGUCCUGUAUUUUCAAAUGGUAAAGGGAAGAAAGGUGAAGAAAUACCAUCUCACAAAACUGUCCGCGCUCGUAGACUCAUGAAGGAAUAUCGUGAUCUACAGAGACUCCAAAACUCUAAAACGGACCCAGUGUUCAACGUCGAGUUAGUUGACGAUAAUUUAUUCGAGUGGUAUGUGAAAGUGUAUAAACUAGACUCUGAAAGUGAGUUGGGUAAUGAUAUGAAAGAGUUGGGAAUAACUCACAUAUUGUUACACUUAAUUUUCCCUGAAAACUUUCCUUUUGCACCCCCGUUUAUGAGGGUCAUUUCUCCAAGAAUAGAGAAGGGAUUUGUUAUGGAGGGUGGCGCGAUUUGCAUGGAAUUAUUAACACCGCGGGGAUGGGCGAGUGCUUACACAGUUGAAGCCGUUAUCAUGCAAUUCGCCGCCAGUGUUGUUAAAGGUCAGGGACGGAUUCAGAGGAAAAAUAAAGGUCAAAAAGUGUUCAGUAAAAGGACGGCUGAGGAAAGUUUUAGAUCACUUGUUAAAACGCAUGACAAGUAUGGCUGGGUUACUCCCAGUUUAGCAGAUGGUUAGUUAAGCUUGAGACAUGUCCACAUAUUAUCGAAUCCGUUCCGUUUUAACAGUGUUAUCUGAAUGUUCAGAAUAGAUAUGUAUUUUAUGAUAAAUCUGUGUAUACUUAAAUAUUAACUACUCUUACUAUUGUCUAAUCCUCUAUUGCUAAUAUUUUUAACGUAUGCGGGCUUCCUGUCGAACGAUCAAUCUCCGCACAUUCAACACCUAGAUCUAAAUGUAAAUUAGUUUCCACUUGCAAAAGUGGUUAAUCAACCACACUGAAGUACAACUAACUUUUAUCACUCCUAAGUCUUGCAACUUACCCUGAACUGAUAAACUUUGCUUUUAAAUGAUUGUUCGUUGGAUUUACCAGCCCCUUUUCAGCCAAAUCAGGUGGUUUGAAGCGCAUUCCUUGUUGACUGAGGUAACUUAAUUUAUGUAAGCUUGAACAUUGCAUAGUUAAAUGUGCUCACCAGAUGUCAGUUCUUUUACGCAACGAAGCAGUGAAUAUUAUAAAUCUUUCCAAAGUUGCUAUUAUAGGUAUUAAUCUUGUUUACGAGAAUCAAUUUAUCAAAAUUCGUAAUAAGAUAAGAUAUAAGAUUACUGCAUUCGUUUUGUAAAGGUUCCAUCUAGUCAUUUUAUCUAACUCGGCUUAAAAAUUUUGAAGGUAUUCAAAACUUUUAUGCUGUAAUUGAUGUUUCACAAAAUACUUACUUAUCCAAAGAAUAUUAAGAAAAAUGUGCUCUAGUACUUGUUAAUGAUAUCGUCUUUCUUUCAGUUACGAUUAUUUACAAAUUUCAGCCAUAUUUUCAAUUACAUUUCUUUGAAAAGAUUAAUAAAAAUGUUAUUUACACUGCUUGUAAAUAUAUUCAGAACAUCUCGAGUAAAAUCGAUGGGCGUAUGUGUCGCAAACGGAUAGAAAUUUUGGAAUUUUAUGGAUCCCAUUGUUUUUCGUUUUAUAUAUAUCUAUAUGCAUACAUAUAUUAGUAGUCUUGGUGUCACGACUUUUUUUUGUGUAAGAACACUCGUUGGAUGUUAUAACGGACACUGGUUUAUUAUUAAAAAUAUAUUGAGAAAAAAUGCUAAAUGUGCCAAAAAUUUUCAAGAUUUUAGAACUGUGCAAAAACUAAUGCACACGGUUCAAACAAAAGUUAAAUUAUUUCUGAAAAAAUAACAGUGCCACUUUUUGUAAAAACAAUACUAAAAUAUGCAAUUACUCAAUAAAGUCGUUUUUAUAUGUUGUUUUAAUUUCAAUUAUUUUUUUUAACUCUGGGUGUCGUACAAAACUUCCCAGAACACCUUGUAGGUACCUACGUAGUUGUAUAAUUAUACAUUACCAAAACCACGAAGCUUGAAAGAUAAUAUAGAUAUAUAAAGAUAAAUUAGAGUUUUUCUUUUGAGCUCAAUAUAAUAACAUUUGUAGAAUUUCGCUAUCUCAAUCCGUUUUAGAGAUAUAUGCCCGUAGAGUUUCAAGUAAGACACCACAUGUUUUUCUACCUACAGGUGAAUGAUACAAAUUCUACUGUCGAUUAGAAUUAAAUUAUUGGAUAUAUCGACAACAGGUAUACUUAUGGAUUCUAAUUGUUAAUAUAAACUUAGGCAAAUGUUAUUAAAACCAAUCAGACAAUGUUUGACACACUUGGUUUCAUGUUCUUGCACGAAUUGACUUUUACUUUGACGAUCCAGUAGACGUAGGUUAUCUAAAAGUUAUUAUAUACAUAGUAUUGAUAUUGGUUUACAAUAAUUAAUUGUAUAUUGCACAGCGAGGUGGAAAGUGUUAUUAUUUUCAAGAGAAAACAAUUCGAAAAAGGAAUUAAACUUUCUAAGAUGCUUGUAUACUAUUUUAUUCAUAAUCGUUGUAGGUAACUUUACAACACAAUAAAAAUGUCCUAAUUUAAUACGUUAUACGAGUUAAUGUAUGUGCUGAAAAAUGCAAAAAUUAAGAUUUAUAAUUUGACGAAUUCUUUACGUUUUACGUGACAUACGUCACGUCGCUUUUCAUCCUAUCUCAUGGGUGGAAAGUAACGUAUCUACGCGGGAUGGAAGUGAAGUCAGUACUGGCUCACUUCCAAUCUUUUAAAAAGUUUGAAAGUGUCAGAUUACUGACCGAGUGUGAAUAAAAAUAAUAAUUUAGAUAACCUAAAGUAAACUGGAUGAAUCUAAAUAGUUGUCGUGUUGUUGUCAUCAACGUUUUAACCUCUUUCGGAAUUAAUAUACAUAUUACUAAAUUUUCCUUUCUUUUAUGUUAGUUUGUGCCUAAUAUUUACACCAAAGCAGUCAAACAAAAAGGCUAAUGUUCAAAAAAUUGAAUGCUCAUAUUAUGAAGAAAAAUAUAUUUUAUAGUACUUUUAGUAGGUAAUUUUAAAUAGGUGUACUAUAUUAAUUAUUGUACCUCUCAAAAUUGUCCACAAAGCAGUAUUUUAGCGAAUAGUGUUAUUGUAAUUUGUUGUUAAAUGUGUAUUUUUUUAUUUAAUGUUUUGUCUUCCAAGGCCAAUUCUUUGCAAUUAAUUUUAUAAUUAUAACAUAGGAGAUUAUGAUCAUUAUGAUAAUUGUUAUUUAAUAUUACAA